AUGGCAGCAGCAGCUGCUGCUGCUGCUGCUCCUCCUCCCGCAGCAGCAGCUGCUGCUGCUGCAGCAAGCUCGGCUGACCACAACCAAGCAGCAGUCCACGGCAAGCCGUCAGUGGCGAUUUGCUGCAGCAGCUGCUGCUGCAGCACCAAGAAGGUGCCGUCUCUCAGCGCCGCUGCUGCUGCAGCCGCGGCAGAGACGCAAGCUCGCUGCAAGGCAGCCUCCUCUUGGGCGGAGGAGGCUGCCUUGCUAGGAGUCGUCCUUUUCUUCCCCGCAGCAAAAACGCGACGCUGGCGCUGCCGCAGCGUGACAAGGACGCUUCCCCACAGCUCAGCAGCGAGCAGCACAAGCGCCAUAGGCGUGCCGACUGCAGCAGCAGCUGCAGCAGCUGCAGCAGCAGCAGCAGCAGCAGCAGGACCUCCCGUGACAGCGCCUCUUGCUCCUGCUGCAGCAGCUUGUGCUGCGCUAACAAAAGGCUCCCCUGUCUCGCCACUGCAAGCCUUCCCCACGAGAUUUACAGCGGGAGCCGCACCCCCCUGCGUCGCGGUAAAGGCAUCCUCGCCAGGCGCCUCGAUAUCCCCCCCCACUGCAAACGCUUCAAGAAAAAAAGAGAGAGAAAGCUUUCACACGCUCACCUCCGCUGCCGCUGCUGUCACAGGAGCUACAUAG